AUGCUGAACAGUUUGUUCUUUGUGAACACUAGCGGAGAUGUGUUACUGGAAAAACAUUGGAAAUCUGUUAUUCACCGCUCUAUUUGCGAUUAUUUCUUCGACAUUCAGAAGAAGAGUAAUCACUCGGAAGAUGUUCCUCCGAUCAUUUCAACCCCACAUCAUUAUCUGAUCAAUGUUUAUCAGAAUAAUCUGUAUCUCGUCGCGGUAAUCACAAUAGAAACUCCUCCACUUAUGGUCAUUGAGUUCUUGCACCGCGUGAUUCAGACGUUUUCUCAAUAUUUUGACGAAUUCUCGGAUUCUACUAUAAAAGAAAACUGUGUGAUGGUAUUCGAGCUUCUUGACGAGAUGUUAGACAAUGGGUUUCCACUGGUUACGGAAAUGAACAUUCUCCAAGAUCUGAUCAAGCCGCCCAAUUUUCUCAGAAACAUUGCCAAUCAGGUUACUGGACGGACAAACUUGUCGGAAACGCUUCCGACAGGACAGCUCUCGAAUAUUCCAUGGAGACGUCAAGGAGUCAAAUACACAAACAACGAAGCUUAUUUCGACGUGAUAGAGGAGAUCGACGUUAUUGUGGAUAAGCAAGGAUCAACGGUGUUUGCUGAGAUCCAAGGAUAUAUUGACGUUUGCUGCAAACUAUCGGGCAUGCCUGAUCUUACUAUGACACUUAUCAAUCCUCGUCUUCUGGAUGAUGUAUCGUUUCACCCAUGCGUACGAUACAAACGUUGGGAAAAUGAGAAAGUAUUAUCUUUUGUCCCGCCAGAUGGCAACUUCCGUCUUCUUUCAUAUCACAUUGCGGCGCAAAACAUGGUUGCAAUCCCGAUUUACGUUAGACACGUAAUUUCACUUAAGCCAAACGCGGGAAAGUUGGAUCUCACUGUGGGACCGAAGUUGAGCAUGGGAAAAGUUCUAGAAGACGUUGUUUUGGAAAUGGUAAUGCCAAAAUUCAAUCGUUUGGAUAUGUAUGGAGAGAAAUAUAAACCAUUCAAAGGUGUUAAAUACAUCACCAAAGCGGGUAAAUUUACCAUCCGUACUUAA